AGAAAACAAUGAUACCGUCGUCGUUCCCGCCUGAUAAAUAAUUACUCUCAAGGGCAAAUAUGUAGUUUUGUUCGAUAACAGAUUGGCAAAUGAAGAAAAGUUCCAUGUCCACCACCCAUGGAUUUUUUUAAUAAUUAAAUUAUUUUUUUCCUCUGGCAGAUUGGGUUCUUGCUUUCCCUCUCGGUCUCCUCUUUUCGUAUCGAUCCUACAAAAAUUUGCCAUUUUGAAUUUUCUUUUCUCUGUAAAUUGAUAUAUCUCCCAAAAUUUUCCCAAGAGAAAAAAUUAUUUGAAUUUGAUCGGAAAAAGUUGAAAUGGCAAACCAAGGUGGUGGUCCUUCGAGAAAAAGUCUCUCGUUCUCUGGUAAUUCAUUUCAAGGGAGGAAGAAAGGUCCUGACAACGAAGGUGGUGGUGGUGGUUCUGACCUCCUCCCUCGGAGAUCUCUCACAUCUUCUCGUUCUUCCAUAAGUUUGAGUGGGGAAAGGAGUGGAGAGAGAACUGUAAAGAGACUAAGGUUGUCUAAGGCCCUUACCGUACCCGAUAGCACAACUUUAUAUGAAGCUUGCCGAAGGAUGGCUGCACGUCGCGUUGAUGCCUUAUUGCUGACUGAUUCUAAUGCAUUGCUUUGUGGGAUCCUUACUGACAGGGACAUAGCAACAAAAGUAAUUGCUAAACAACUCAACCUUGAAGAAACACCUGUGUCUAAAGUUAUGACCAAGAACCCUGUUUUUGUUUUGUCUGACACUAUUGCUGUGGAAGCUCUUCAAAAGAUGGUGCAAGGCAAAUUUAGACAUUUGCCGGUUGUAGAGAAUGGAGAAGUUAUUGCACUUCUCGAUAUUGCAAAGUGUUUGUAUGAUGCAAUUGCUCGCAUGGAAAGAUCUGUUGAGAAGGGUAAGGCCAUUGCUGCAGCUGUUGAAGGCGUUGAAAAGAACUGGGGUACAUCUAUCGCUGGACCAAAUACUUUUAUGGAGACACUUAGAGAACGAAUAUUCAAGCCUUCACUUUCAACUAUAAUUCCAGAGAAUACAAAAGUUUUAAAAGUUGGAUUGGAUGAGACGGUGUUAGGAGUAACCAUGAAGAUGGUUGAAUAUCAGUCAAGUGCAGCCAUGGUGAUGGUUGAAAACAAAUUAGUAGGGAUUCUGACUUCAAAGGACAUUUUGAUGCGGGUGAUAGCCCAAAACCUUCCUCAAGAGACAACUACCGUGGAGAAGGUUAUGACUCAGAAUCCAGAAUCUGCAACUGUUGAUAUGGCUAUUGUUGAUGCCUUGCAUAUCAUGCAUAAUGGAAAAUUUCUGCAUCUUCCUGUUUUAGAUAAAGAUGGAGAUGUUGUCGCUGUGAUUGAUGUGAUCCACAUAACUAAUGCUGCCGUUACUACGGCUGGGAGUACGGCUGGAAUAAAUAAUGAGACAGCAAACUCAAUGAUGCAAAAGUUUUGGGAUUCUGCUAUGGCUUUGUCUCCUAACGAAGAUGGAGAUGAAACUAGGAGUGAGGAAGAGUCGUUGAAAUUAUCUUCGGAGAUAGAAGGGACAAAAUCAUUCUCAUAUCCUAAUACAUUUGCUUUCAAACUCCAAGAUAAAAAGGGACGAAUGCAUAGAUUUAUGUGUGAAACACAGAGCUUGACAACUCUGAUAACAGCAAUCCUACAAAGGAUGGGGGAUGACAUUGAGCCUGAUAACUUGCCUCAGAUAAUGUACGAAGAUGAAGACAAUGACAAAGUCGUUUUAGCAUCAGAUAAUGAUCUUGGAGCUGCUGUAGAACACGCAAAAUCAAUAGGCUGGAAGGGUUUGAAAUUGCAUCUGGACCACACAGAAGAGAGAGGGCACAUGAGAGGUUUAAGCGCAGUGGAUAUGGACUACGACCAGUCAAACUCAUGGGCAGCCGCUUACAAGACGGUGGCAGCCGGGGCUGCUCUUGCUGCUGGACUUGGAGUUUUGGUGUACCUUAAACGCCACUCAAACUAACAGAUUCUUUUUUGGGAGGUACAAAGUUGAAUGCUUUUGCAAACCAAUUUUUCAAACCAAAGCUUGCGAAGUAGACCUCUUCAUUAAUUCGUGUUUGUUGUUUUGAACUUGUUGCUCAUCUUGAUUCUUAUUUGUUUUUCGACCUUACACAUGAAUUGUAUAUAAAUAAGUGAACAUUUAUUUGUAUUGACGGUGAUUUUUUUUUUUUUUAAGGUUGAUUUGGUAAAUGUUUGGACAUUUCAAAAGUUUAUAUUUUCUUCAUAAGUUUGAUAUGUAAGAGCAUUUGGUCAAGAGAGAACAACACCGACGUUUCUCUUAUUUAUG